AUGAUUCACGAAGCAGCAGCUGAUCAGGUCGCCUUUGCUGUUAAUCAACUAAAAAGGGUGCCAAAGGUAGCCUUUACAGUCCUUUUCUUCCUGGUUCUUUGGAGUUUCACGGUUACUCUUAACUAUCCUCCUUCAGACAUCCAGAAUUAUGAUAAUCCCACCGCAGAUUCUAUCCCAAACUCAAACUCUUCAAUGUUGUCAAGUCCGAAACUGGAUCAGAAAGAUUCUGAUUCUGCCCAAGGCCAAAGUCCGGCGACCCAAAGAGCUGGUGGUGAGGGUGAAAAAUCGGGAAGCAGCGCAGUUCUUCACCCACUUGAUUUGUCUUCAGGCGAAAACAGCCAGUAUGAAGUGUACAAGGAUUACAACUUCAACAUUUCCAUGGUUUCAUCUCCAUAUUUGUUAAGAUCAGAAAUGAGCAAUCCAGACGAUGAUGUAACCAGCACUUGCAGUUUGUAUCUUGACGAAUCUGUUGAAAGCUGGAGUACAAAACUAGAAAGCUAUGACUAUGUUAUCAUCUCAUCCUCACAAAGGUUCUUUUGGCUAUGCUGGUUAUACGAAAAUCGCACCCUCAUUGGCUGCACCGGCUGCAAACAAGGUAAUGUCUAUCAAUUCGAUGCCUAUUUUAGUUGCAAGAAGGCAUUUCGGACUGCUUUUAGAGCCAUUAGUGGUUUGAGAAACUAUAAGGACGUAACAUUUCUUAGGACCAUAACUCCAUCACACUUUGCAAGCGGGGAGUGGGACGAAGGUGGAGAUUGCCUGAGGAGGAAGAGGUCGUUUUAG